AGGUAUUUCAGCACGAUGCAGACUUCAGCACCGUUGGCCACCGUCUCCAUGAACUCCAACCUAACCUGUGAUGUUUUCACCUACAAAGAGGUGGCUCACAUCAUCUUCCCCAUCUUCUACACCGUUGUCUUCGUCAUCAGUCUCCUGGGCAACAGCCUGGUGCUCUUCAUCACCUGUCAGUCCCGCAAGAAGCUCAACACCACCUCCGUCUACCUGGUGAACCUGGCCGUGUCCGACGCCCUCUUCACCUUGGCGCUGCCCGGACGCAUCACCUACUACAUCCGCGAGUUUGAUUGGCCCUUUGGCGAAGCGCUGUGCCGCGUCACCGCCGUGCUCUUCUACUCCAACACGUACGCGGGCAUCGCCUUCAUGACCUGCAUCAGCCUGGACCGCUACCUGGCCAUGGUGCACCCGCACCGCUACAGGGGCCUGAGGAAGGUGCAGACGGCCCGGCGUGUUUGCUGUCUGGUGUGGGCCAUAGUCUUCCUCGAGACGGCGCCUUUGCUCUGCCGGCAGAUGGUCCAGAAGACCCAGGGCCGCCACACCUGCAUGGAGUACUUCAACCUGAAUGCGUCGCCCAUGCUGCCUUACCUCCUCCUGCUGGCCUGCGGUGUGGGCUUCUGCUUCCCCCUGGGGCUCAUCCUCUUCUGCUACAGCCGCAUCAGCCUCAAGCUGUCCCGGACCGCCCGCCACAAUUCGGUCAUGGACCGCUCCGGCCGCAGCAACCGGGCAAAAAGCAUCAUCUUGGUCAUCCUAGGCACCUUCCUGGUGUGCUUCAGCCCCUACCACAUCACCAUCAUCCAGUUCAUGGUGCGCAACCUGCUGGCCACGCCCUCCUGCGAUGACCUCAAGGCCUUCAAGAUGGCGCUGCAGGUGACCGUGUCACUCAUGAACCUCAACUGCUGCCUGGACCCAGUCAUCUACUUCUUCGCCAUCAAGACGUACAAGCGGCGGGUGGUGAGCUUCUUCAAGCUGCGCCUCUCCACCAUGGCCACCUCCAACCUAAAGAGCGAGCCCGAGAACAGCAGCAGUAACACAUGAACGACCGCCAAAACAUGUGACUUGUGACAGAAGUAGCUUGGCGUGGCAAUUUUGUUGCCAUUUUGUUCUCUAUAGCCUGUAUCUAUGGCUAGACUGUGUUGUGGUGCUGUCUCAAGCUGUAGUGAUCUAGUUAUAUUCAUGUGAAAAACUGGGAAGAUAGAGUCAGACAUGAUCAUGCUGUGGACUGCAUGUUAAUUGUUACAUUGACUGAACAGUCACGUACCACUUAUAAUAGUUAUUCAUCAACAUGUUAGUCUGUUCUUCCGUGACUGGACCCUAUCCCUAUGCCAAACUUUAACCCAAACCUUAUUUUUUUUUGUUAUCGAUUUGUGUGUCGACGAGAAGUGUCUUGUUAUCAGUAUGUUACAUUUUACAAAACAGAACAGUUAGAGUGUGAUAAUGUCUUAUUAAUAUGGAGGGGAAGGAUCUCAUGGCUUCUCUGUAUGCUACUGAUCUGAACUGAGUUUUGUGUAAAGCAUUUUGUUGUAGUAUAGUCAAGGAUUACCAAAGUAAUAUUCAGAAGUUGCAGUAAAGUAAACAAAGGCCAGUCAAUCUCUGACUGAAUUGCUCUUUGUGGAAGCUAUAUAUGGAUAUACAGAAAGUGAUGCAGUGUGGAUGUAUAGUAUUCUGAUAAAUGAUCAGAAUAUUGAGAGUAAACGCACUGUAUCCAGAUUUGUUUUUUAUACUAUAAAGUAUUUUAUGUCAAUAAGUGCUUACAGUUUCUCAUCUGAGAUAUUGUACAUAUGUGUGUGUUUACAAUGUAUUAAUGUUAUAAAAGUUAUUAAUGUGUUGCUAGUUGUUAUUAUUGGAAGGUUUGAGUGAUGGAAGAAACAGA